UUGUGCUAUUUCUAAGAAGGGCUUUGAAGCAAUGUUUAAAUGUUAAAGUAUCUUAUUGGAUUAUUUUUUAUUAAGUUACUUGAUAUCACUUUAACAACAACAUGCCAUUAGCAAUCAUGAACGUCAGAAAAAAAGGCUUUUACUAGAAAAGAUCUAGGCGAUAUUAGAAGAUCCGGUUAAUGCGGGUCGGAUCCGGCCCAACCUCCACGCCCGUGACCUUUCCCCGACCCGGCCCGGAUCCGAAAGCGUCUCCUGCCCCUCCCCUGCCUAUCCUCCCUCCCUCCACACGAGAACGCCUCCUGAACCAGAAGAACAUCAAUGGCUGGAUCACUGACGAACGAGAGGAGUCCGUCAAUGGCCGCCGCCUCGUGAUCUUCUCGUGGCCAUCCUCCGUCCAGAGGGAAUUCCGGGGAGCGGAUUCCGAUCAGCCGAUUUGCCCCCCGCCCGAUGGCGCGCCCGCCUGAAGAUCCCGAAACCCUAGAACCCGGCUUCCUCUUCGAGUGGUACAUCAACCCCACCUUCCCCUCGCCCUUCUACGUCGCCGGAGGCUCCGGCGUCGCCCCCGCCGCGGCCGCGCGCUCGCCGGCCUGCGAUUCCGAUUCCGAUUCCGAUUCGGGAUCCGACGGUUCCGGCUCGGCCCGCGGCGCUGAAGACGCCGUCGGGGUCGGACCCGGAGCCGCCGCUGGUGGUGGUGCGGAAUCGGGGCCGAGGAUCGAUUCGGAUCGGCGGGAAUCGGUCUCCGAAUCCGCCCGACGCGCCGCGGCUGACGAGGCGGAUCCGCGGCGCGCGGGAUUGCGAGUGGUGAGCAUCGAUUCGGAUUCGGAUUCGGAGUAUCUGGAAUCCGAGAACGUGUGCUCGUUCGACUUGGAAUCGCAGAGGAAUCUGGCGGCGGAGCUCGAGUGGGAGGAGGUGAGCGAGCAGGCGCACGAUCGGGACGAAGAAGAGGUGACGGUCUCGUCGGAGAAUUUUACAGAGGAGUUAGAAGGAGGAGAAGAAGAUGAUAAUGAUUCCGUCGCGCGUCAUCUGGAGUGGGAGUUUCUCCUCGCCGUGAACAAUGUGCAAAAUAUCCCAACUUGGGACUAUGGUCCUCAUGUUGCUCCUCCUGAUGAUUUCUUUUACGCCGCUGAGUUCGACAUUUUGUUGGACCAGUUCGUCGAAAACGAAGUCGCAAUUAGGGGAAGUCCACCGGCCGCGAAAGCAGCGGUCGAGGAUUUGCCUCUGAUUAUUCUGAGUGAAUCGGAUGUGCAGUUGAGCGGUGGAGUUUGUGCGGUUUGUAAGGACGAGGUAUCGGUUGGGGAUGGGGUGAGGAAGUUGCCUUGUUCUCAUUACUAUCAUGGAGACUGUAUCUUGCCAUGGUUGGCCAUUCGAAACUCAUGUCCAAUUUGUCGAUAUGAGUUGCCCACAGAUGAUUUGGAGUACGAAAGAAGUAAAGGCCGGAGCAGCGGAGGAAGGGUCACGUGGGAUUCACAGGUCAGCGAGGAUUUCGAACUGUUUGCAUGAGAUUGUCUGUGGUGCAAUGUAAAUAGUGUUCCUUUGGCUUACAAUGUGUAAGAUGGUUGAAUGGCCGGCGAUAAUAGAUAUGUUAGGCCAUGUUGUUUUUGUACAUACAAUGAUUUAUACAGGAAAUGUACAUAUGCUACAUCGGGAGUGUCACCUUGGCAUGGUGAAACAAUUAUUGUAGGGUUUGUUAGUCUUAUUUUAUAGUUGGUGAAAGAUUCGCUCUGUUCAAGAAACAGUUGCUUAUCACCUUAAGUUAUUGUAAUUUUUUGA